CUUUUUUAUCUCGUCCGUUCUCCUUGCGGGAAACCUGUUUGCGCUCAGAAGCGCAGAUGUGCGCAUGCGUCGCUUCUUCUCCGUGCGUCGCUUCAAACUCCCAAGGAUGCGCCGUCGGAAUGAACGACGCGGCUGACGACCGCCGCCGCAACAGCAGACGACGCAGCAAGCAGACGACACGUCACGCACGCCAGCAGCAGGUAACGGUUGCCUGUCAGUCACGAGGCAGGGAGCCGUGCCGCCGUGGGUCCACCGUUUUUGUACCACGCACGGCAUCGUUUGCAAGGAGGCGCCCCGCCUCGAUGAUGAUGAUGACUCUCCUUGCUCCAGUUGUGUAACGUCUGCGAGGCCAUCAGCCGCGCCGCGCACGGUUCGAGUGCUCAUGAGGUGUCUCUUGCCUGGCGGAUAUAAUCACCGAGUGUGCGUCAAAAGUAGGUCAUCACUCUUAUUAGCUCCUUGUGGCGUCAAGAGUGCGACGGACACCGAUUGGAUUACCGAGAAGACCCCAUGACGCCAUCGCCUGGCCACAAGAUGGGUAAGUGGCUGCUGCUGCUGUGGCCACCUCUGCUGCUGCCGCACGUGUGCAGUGGCGAUCCGUCGCUGGAGCUGGCCAAGGCACGCCUGCUCCAGGCACUCGGUCUGGAGUCGGCGCCGCACAGAGGCUCCUCCGCAAAGCUGCCCGUGGUGCCGGACCACAUGGCCAAGCUGUUCUCGAAGUGGCGGGAAAACGAGGGCGCCUUCCUCACGACCGGCGGCUCGGCCGACACCGUGCGUAGCCACACGCCGUGGGGCCCCGACCGCGAGGCACAGACUGGGGGAGCACGCUUCCGCUUCAACGUGAGCGGCGACCCGGACGAGAGCCUGCUGGGGGCCGAGCUGCGCCUCUUCCGGCUCCCGUCCGAGCCCUCAGAGUGUCCCAGCGGUGCCGCGGCGCCCGUCGAACUGGUACGCGUCUACGAGGUCCUCCGACCGGCCACUCGCAAACUCGGCGAGGCGCACCUCAGGCUCCUGGACACGCGCGCCAUCUCGUCCAAGGGAUGGCUCGCCCUGGACGUCCUGCCGGCGGUGCGCCGCUGGCUGGUCGGAGAGCCCAACCACGGCCUCUACGUGCAAGUCGUCGACGCCCGGACGGGCGCCUCCAACUCCAGCAGGGUUCUUCUGCGGCGCGAGCGGCACAGCGAGCGAUACUGGGCCCAGAGGCAGCCGGUGCUGGUCACGUACUCGGCCGACGGCAAGCGCGCGCCGAAGAGAGUCCGACGCGGCGCCGCACGGCGCCGCAAGCAGCCGCCGGGCAAACAGGGCCGCGACGCCUGUCGCCGCCACUCGCUGCGCAUCGAGUUCAGUCACGUGGGCUGGAACGACUGGAUCGUGGCGCCGCCCAGUUACGAGGCGUACUACUGCCACGGCACGUGCCCGUUCCCGAUGCCCGAACACCUGAACAGUACGAACCACGCGAUCGUGCAGUCGCUGGUCAACUCGAUGCGCGCCAGCAAGGUGCCUGGCGCGUGCUGCGUGCCCACCGACCUGUCGCCCGUGUCGCUGCUGUACGUGGACGCGUUCGAGCGCGUCGUCCUUAAGAACUACCAGGACAUGGUCGUCGAGGGAUGCGGCUGCAGGUGAUCGCCAGUGCGCGCGGUUUUUCUCCCAGUGGCAUUUGAAUCUCAACUGUGGUCGUGCGAGCGAGUCCUCCGAGUUGCGCUGGACGACAUUGCCGAAAGGACGCUUGUCGACACUGCCUUGUGACAACAGACUGACAAGUGCAGUGUCAUGGCUACUCAUUAAGACUUCCUUCCACUCAAGAGUGUUCAGUGAAGGAUCCUGAAAAGACUGAGCCAGAUAAAUGCCCAACCAGCUAUCCCUUGUGGCUGCAAGUCUCAGGAUUAACUAUUUCACAAUAAGGUACAUACAGAUAUGCAUCAAUGACCAGACAACCGACUUUUCAAGGGGCUGUGUACAAACUUUUUGUUGGCUAGUUUCAUCAGCGCAAACAGAUUGCACUGUGCAUAUUCAUUCCAUCCCCAAUGCGUCACAUCCAGUGAGUAUGCUGCCGGUAAGUAUGAAAUGCAAAAAAGCCUCCAGUACAAUUUGCACUUUGCCUUACAGCAGAUGAUGAAUACAACUACUAAUAUACAUCCAUGGUAAGAUGAGGGUGGUAAACAUUUUUUUAAUUAUGUAAUGUACACACUUCAGUGAAGCUGCUUCCAAGUAUUUGAAUCAAGUGGCGGCAUUAUGGGUUUCCCAGCAUCGAUGAAACAAACUCCUUAGUGGCAAUGCACUGUUUUACUGCAUACUGCCUUGCAAAUUUUCUUUGUAACUGUUCAUUUGUGCCAUAACACCACAAUAAAAUGUUGAACCAUA